CUCAGCCAAUAAGGUUCUUGUUUUUAUAGAAAGCAAGGAAUUUAGUAUCACAACACAAGUGAAAUUGUGUUCGAGGCAGGGUUACCAGUGGAUUUUAAAAAUACAAUUAGCUGAAAAGAAGACUUAAGGACAGAACAAGCUUAAUGUUUCAGAACCAUAUUCAAUAUGCAUCUGUAGUCUGGACUUUCAGCGACUGGGUCAACAAUGGGCCGUUACCUCAGCAUCAACUUAAGGUCUGUGGACAGGAGUUUGAGAUCAUACUGUAAAAUGAGAUAUCUCAUAGUUCUCUUCAGAAGGUCCCCACAUUCAGGCCAUGAAGCACUCAACCUUCGUAGAUAUUUAUUAUUAUCAAAUGAUCUUUCCAGAUUUCAACAAAGAGCUAUUUUUACACAUUUUAAUCUGUGUAAAGGCAUCUUUCUUAGGGGUUUUUCCAAAGAAGUAUACAACCUGCACAUUGUGCGAUGCUAUUCGUCCUCAGACCAGCAUGCUUUCAAGGCUCACGCUCCAAUUGGGGUCAUUGAGGACGCACAGAACAGUUUUGAGUUAGCCUCUCUGGGAGGACGCCUGGGUCAAUCUUUUUAUCGGUUGUCCAGACAUAUUAACUUUUAUUUCAAGAACAAGGAUACUGUGCCCAUAGCUGAAAAUGGCGGUAUUGUUGUCACAACUCGGACAUAUCUUGGCGUGAGACAAAAGCGUUUUCAAAGUCAGCGGGCAGCUGGAAACAUUACAUCUAAAGGCAAAGACAGAACAGAACCCAUGAAGGAAAGGAAGGAGGACUUGGAUGUUGAGGUCCAGAAUAAAUCUGGACUGCAACUUUUUCACAUCAGUUCUUUGGCGACAAGAUUUGGCGAGAGCUACAAUUACGUCGCCAGUCAUAUUAACUCCGUCUUCUCUCAGGGUGUUUCCAAAGUAGAGAAAGAUGAAAUUAUGUCUCCAACCAAAGGGUCCAACAGAAGACAGAAAAUGAGAAACAUACAUAGUAAUCGCAUCAUAACUUCCAAAAAGAGUGGAAUAAAAUCAAGUAUGGAGCAGGCAACAGUGGAACCUGACCAUGGCAACAGCUGGGAGGAUAGUUAUCGCCACUUUGCAAGACACAUCAACAGGUACUUUGGUGCAAAGGUUGCUGAUGAUGCCAGCCAUCAGAAUCCAACUAAAGCAACUCUACAGUUUAAAUCACAGAAAGACGUUAAUGAACACCUCAACAACCCUGAAACUGACUUUUUCCACAAUACCCAUAACUCAACCAAUUUUGGGGAGAAUCAUCUCCAGAUGUCAGGUCAUAUCAAUCAGUAUUUCAAGGUGUCCAGCAGGUUGGAAGACACAGACACAAAUCUCCAAAAUGCGACAAACCCGCUCAAUGCAGACAGAAAAGGGACUUUCUCCUUUAUGGACUACUUCCAUCUCCCCACAAAAGCCAUACCUGACCUGCUGGGGGCUUACUGGAACCAGGACCGUCCGUCCAUGACCAGAAAGCCUGCCAUGACAUCGCCAGGAGCCGGGUUGAAUGAAAAACCUGUUGUAAGCCACAAGCAGGCAGAAGAACUAAUACAUGGGUUGAUCCAAGGCCUGAGGCAGGCUUCCUCUGCAGAGGCCCUGACAACCUGUGUGGAGGCGCUGAAUGACCACCUGAUCCACCACCCAUCAUGCAAAGCUUUAAUGUGGAAGGAAAAAACAGCCGUUACAUUACUGAGACAGCGGCGAGUCUAUGGGAACAACCAGGUUCUUCAGAGUGCCAUAAGAGAAGCUUUGGCUCUUAUUGGCUAUGUUGACCCGGUCAAAGGGCGUGGCAUCAGAGUGCUUUCUAUUGAUGGUGGCGGCACAAGAGGUGUGGUGCCUCUGCAGGUAUUAAAAUUACUGGAAGCAGAGACAGGAAAGAAGGUCCAUCAGCUGUUUGACUACAUUUGUGGGGUCAGCACAGGUGCUGUGUUGGCCUUCAUGCUCGGCCUGACUCAUUUUUCCCUGGAGGAGUGCGCUGACAUGUAUCGCCGCUUUGGCUCGGAAGUAUUCCGUCAAAACCGUUUGGUUGGCACGGUGAAAAUGGGCUGGAAUCACUCUUACUAUAACACAAAGACUUGGGAAACCAUACUAAGAGAGAAGCUUGGUGAUAGAGUGCUCAUCAAAACAGCCAGUGAUGAGUUGAGUCCCAAGGUUUCAGCUGUCAGCGCAGUGGUCAACUGGGGCAACAGUCCAAAAGCCUUCGUCUUCUGCAAUUACAACCAUAAACCAGGAUCUCUGAGCCGCUAUCCAGGAGGUUCUGGCUACCCCAUGUGGCAGGCAGUGCGAGCGUCUUCAGCCGCUCCGGGAUACUUUCAGGAAUUCCCCCUGCAAAGUGAUAUCCACCAGGAUGGAGGUAUUAUCAUGAACAACCCCUGCGCCUUAGCUGUACAUGAGAGCAGACUAUUGUGGCCCCGUCACCCAUUCCAGUGUGUGCUGUCCCUUGGCACCGGUCGCUAUGACAACCCUAAGAGAGGCCCUACAACUUCCACCAGUCUGAGGGCUAAAAUCAGUAACCUGAUUAGCAGUGCAACCGACACUGAAGGCGUCCACACACUUUUAGAUGACCUGCUCCCCCGCGAUGUCUAUUUCCGCUUCAACCCCAUGCUGAGUGCUGAGGUGACCCUAGACGAGAGCCGGCCGGGGGCCCUGGACCAGCUGGAGAGAGACACCCAGGUCUACCUCGAGAGAAACCGGCUAAAACUGGCUCGGCUCUGUUUGGUGCUCGGGGCAGAGCGAUCGGCUGUUGGCAGAACCAAGGACUGGUUCAGUGAGUGGACCUGGGUGAUGAAGCAGAGAUGGAUGUAAGGUUGUGUUCACCCUUGUCAAGUUUGGUUCGGUCAAAAAUGCUCUGCUGGUACAGAUCAUUUGGUCAAGUGGGAACCUCGGGGUGAACAAACAAGCUGACUAAAAUUGUUUGAGAGAUGUAUCUCAGUCCAGUUCAUUUGUGAAUGGUGGUAUAUGGUACAUGUAUGUGUAUGUAUACUUGUAUGUAUAUGUAUACAUGUUUAUAUGUAUGUAUGUAUAUAUACGUACAUAUUUAUGUACGUAUAUAUACAUAUGUAUCCAUAUGUAUGUAUGUGUAUACAUGUAUGUUAAUAUGUAUAUAUGUUUGUAUAUAUAUUUAUAUAUACUGUAUAUAGAAACAUACAUAUAUGUUAGCAAUGCCACGUUAUGUUAACAGUCAUGUAUUCUUAAACAAAAGCUUUCCACGAUGAAAUGAUUUUCAGGAAGUGCUUGAUGAUGGGUCGUGGUUCUACAUGAGUUGGCUAACACCUGGCAUACCCUAGAGCAUUGGUGUCAAGGUCAAAUUAUCUAUGGCCCCCGGUAUGAUAUUUGAUUAGUAUUAAAUUCGGCACGCAGGCCACGCACCAAUACUCCAUCAGUGUUGGCGCUAGGAAUUUUCAAGAUAAAAGGGGUCCCACAGUCAAUUUUUGGGGUCCCACCUUUUUGUAACCGUUUUGAAAACAAAUUAUAAAUGUAUGCAUUAUCCUGGGAUAUCUCGCAUUCUAUAUUGUGUUUUGGGAAAAAGGUUGUCCUAAACGCUACUUAAUUCAUUACGAAAAUAAUACAAAAGAAAACAAAUUUGCAGACACUAGUGAUUUAGGGCUAUAUAAGUAAACAUUGAUUGAUUGAUUGAUGCAUAUGUACACUUAUUUAGUUUAAAAACAUUCAUUCACUUUCUUCUUUCCUUCAUGGAUCUAAACUUUACUGCUGUCUGUAUUUUUUUCGAUAUUUUUAUUGUAAUAUUUUCAGAAUGUGUUUGUUCUAUUUUUAGCUAAAGUAAGACAAGGAAAACAAUCGGAAGUUGUCUUUAUUUUUUUAUUUUAAUGCCAUGAUUUUGAUAGACCGCCCUGCGUGUGCACAGAUAGAAUGAGUUUGACACUCCUGACAGUUUGCAUAUACAAUUAAAAAAUAUUACACAUCAAUUGGGCUUCACGGUCGCAGAGGGGUUAGUGCGUCUGCCUCACAAUACGAAGGUCCUGCAGUCCUGGGUUCAAAUCCAGGCUCGGGAUCUUUCUGUGUGGAGUUUGCAUGUUCCCCCCGUGAAUGCGUGGGUUCCCUCCGGGUACUCCGGCUUCCUCCCACUUCCAAAGACAUGCACCUGGGGAUAAGUUGAUUGGCAACACUAAAUUGGCCCUAGUGUGUGAAUGUGAGUGUGAAUGUUGUCUGUCUAUCUGUGUUGGCCCUGCGAUGAGGUGGCGACUUGUCCAGGGUGUACCCCGCCUUCCGCCCGAUUGUAGCUGAGAUAGGCGCCAGCGUCCCCCGCAACCCCGAAAGGGAAUACGCGGUAGAAAAUGGAUGGAUGGAUGGAUACACAUCAAUUUAUAUUCACGUAUAAUUAUUAGGGCUGUCAAAAUUAAGAAGUUAACUCAUGUGAUAGCCCAAAAAUACAGUGUUUAUGUUGAUUUAAAAAAGAUUAACAUUAAAAAUAUUUAUGCAAGUGAGUAAUAACCUUUGAUUAAUUAUAAUAAAGCUGAAUUAAAAAGUGUUUAAUUAAAAAACAGUAAUAGUUAUGCACAGAUGUAUACAGUAUAUUGUGCAAUUGUAAACAUAUGAUGUUCUUUUAUUUCACUUGUUAAGCAAGUUCAGAAGAAACCAUGUGCAUCAUGCAAACACACAGAAUGGGUAUAGGUCAUGAAACUUCCCAAUAAAGUCACAGUUUUGAUUAAAAUACCAGUGUCAACGCAAAGCGAAAUUGAGCAACGUGACCAAGUAUGUUUUGGUUGGUCCAGACCACAAAAGUGAACAUAGUCUAAGAUGGUUUGAAUAGUCAAGCCUCACUUGAUAGAACUGAUAACCUCCUAUAUAUUUAAAAUUCAAUUAUUACAUUUAUGGGUCAUUUUUGUAAACAAACAAAAUGAUAUAGCGCUUACACAUGGUUAGUUUUAUUAAAUUUUUGGUAAUAAUGGUACUGAGCCUUUAGUAUUACCUACUUGUAUUUAAUACACCGUAUCAUUAGGACAAUUCAUUUUGUCUCAAAAAUAUAUUCUUACAAAAUUACAAUAACAUUACGUUGGUGUUUUGUCCUUAUCAUCUAGUAUCCCUUUUAACUUGUUUCUGUUAGUAUCUACUUUAGUUUUAGCAAUUGUUUAAACAACUAACAAUUAAGAGACUUGUUUUUUUGUACGACUCGAAGCAGAAAUGUGUGAGAAAAGCAUGUUUACGCACUUUAUUUUGGGAAGAAAAAAAUACAGCCAUAUAGUUAUUAACCAGGCAUUCAAAUGUUCCAACUCCUAUAUAUCCGUGGAUUUUUUUUAUAAUGUUGUGAUAUUUGUUAUCAAGAAUAAAUCCAUAUUUAUUUCAAAUUG